UGAACAGUGACCGAGUACAAGUUCCACUUCAGCGUUUUUAUUUUUGUUAUUUAGACGUUCAACACCAUGUAACUCAAAAUAUUACUAAUUUAACUGCACGGCAUAACAUACUUACCCCCAGGUGGUGUCUAAUUCACGUUGGAGACAGGACUUAAUAUAUGUUAUACUAGUUAACGCUAACAAUGGCUAACUGUAUGGUUUAUCACACUCAAAUAGCCUCCAUCAUGGAGGUGCUAGCGAAUGCAGCCGUGGCGGAGAUCUGUAAACUCGUAGACGACGACUAUGCAGUGUUUCGUUUGGAAAUAACUCAAAGCCAGAAAGAAAACAGGGCAAUGCGGAGGAAACUACAGUUACUGGAACUGAAGAUGGCACGGGAGCGCGCAGAGCGCGUCCUCGCCAGUCGUCCCAGUAGUGUCAAGAUCCUCGACCGAUACAGAGGAAUGGCAAAAGGUGAAGGACAUCUCACUGGAGGCCACAGGGGCUUGGUGAAGCCAGCGGGACACAAUACAUGGAGAGAUGACCAACCAAUCACUGUUGAUGAGGGGAGUGGAACCUCAACCCAGCACAUUAUUGUGAUAGAGUCUGCAGAUGCAGAGGCUGUAGGUCCUGGGGUCAAGCAGGAGAGGUCCGAAGGAAAGGAGCUACAACAUAGCAGAGACAUCCAGACUGGAGCAGUGGCUGGAGUAGCAUCCCCUGUAGCCACAGAGGACUCUACCACCGCCCCAGCGCAGCCCAGGACGCGACGCAGCAUCACGGAGGAGGAGGAGGGUCCAGGGGUGAUGCUGAUGAAGGAGGAGGGUUGUGAGGAGGGUCUGGGGAACCCUGAGGGGACCAUGGUCAUGGAGGACAACCAGACUACACCUGAACCAACAGAGGAGCCAGCUGAGCAGCACAGAACCACACACAGUCUCACUGAGUCAGUAGACAUGGAGGAUGGGAAGUCUGAUCAGCUGCUGGUCAAAGAGGAGACCAUAGAAGAUGGACCAGAGAGCAUUGACCUGCUGAGUGGACUAAAGAUGGGGGAGCAAGGUGGUUGGCUGGAAGCUAACAGAGGAGACUGGGUGACCAUCUUGGAUUCCCAGACCCAGACUGGUGCAGCCAAGGGCCCGGGGGAUGACAUCACUGAGCAGGCCAGGACUAGAGGCGACAUAGUGGAGUCUGCAGUCCAUGAAGACGUGCUGAUAUCCGGUGUUGCUGACGGGAGAGACUGGACCUCUGAAGCGGCUGGCCACAAACCCUGGCCACUGAUCAGGACCCUGGAUCAGGAGCCGUUGCUCUUCCUUCCCAAGUCAGGACCAGGACCGAACCAUGAAGGACCGAGACUCCACCACCACACCGAACACAACCAGUGGACAGGUGGACUGAACAACCUCAGUCCUGGUGGUCAUCAGAGAGACGGAGGCUCCAGUCAGGGAUCCAGACUGCAGCCCAGACCCUUCUCUUCACAGUCUCAGUGUAGGGAUGAAGCAGGGCCUGGGGCUGAUAGAGAUAGACCCUCCUGUUCUUAUGAUACAAACACCACAGUAUCCAUGAUGAACAGAGCAGGUCUUCCUGGGCUUCAGCCUUCACAGAGAGGGGUGGGAGACCCCCCUGGUGGUAGUCUAUCAGCAAGUGUGUCUACUUCAGGGUCUUGUCUAAUGCCUGGUGACUGGGUUCAUAUAAAGCCUGGACCUGGGUCUAGCCUUCCUCAGUUACCUCAUGGUUACCCCACCAAUACAGACAGGGUCAGAAUGGGUGUUCAUCACAAGCGGUACCUAGCCUAUAACACAGCACACAAUCCCAACAACACCCAAACAAUGGCUAGAGGUCAAGGUAGGAGCUCAAAGACCAACCACCUGGGGGUGGUGGCUCCUGCUUCUACCUCCUCUGGUGUCAUUGGGUCACAAUGUGGUAGGCCGAGUGUUAGGACAGACGCUGACAAGCCGUAUGCCUGUCCCACGUGUGGGAAGCGUUUUGCUAAGGUGAACUAUGUGAAGCAGCACCAGACUGUUCACACCAAGGAGAGGCCCUUCAUGUGUAAGCUGUGUUACAAGAGCUUUUCCUUCCUUAGUAACCUCAUCAGACAUAGGAGUGUCCACAAUGUGGAGAAAUCAUAGCAGUGUGGCUUGAGAUGUAGGCUAUAUAGGGGAUGUCUGGGACCUAUUCUUUAGCUUAAAUAUUCCAGUUAUCAUGUGAAGUGUCCUGGGUACGCUCACAUGAUACAGACUUGUUAGGUGUGUUGGCAUAGUAAAUAACGUUGUAAUUGAAGUGUAACACUAUCAGUUCGUACGUAAACUCACUGGCUAUUUACUCCGAUGUAAUGACUGGUGUCAGUAAACAUUGGCAAAAAAAGUCAUUAAAUUGUUGCCAGCAGCACAGUUACGUCACCAACGCUCCAGAUAACAUGAAAACAGCCUAAUCAGCUCUGCUAUUGCAAAUAAAAUGGUCAGAGUGAGGUGUUAUCUUAUUUGUUUCUGGAAGAAGCUAGCCAACUUCAGCCAGUUGGUGUAACAGGGUAAUAUUUGGUGAUUCCCCUUGCCACUUUAUUGUUAAGCCAAUGGGUUUUUGGUUUGAGUUUGUCUUGCCUUCACCUACUCAACAUGGCAUCUUAUUGGCUGGUUUGCGUAGCUUGCUUUCGAGGGGGGGAUGUUCCAGUUAGAAUCGUCCCAGUGAACAAGCGCCAAACCAGCGGUAAGUUGUUGGUUGCCAAGCACUGUACAUCAAAAGUGAUUUUUAUACUCUCAAGUGAUGAUUUAAAUGUACAAUUUAUAUCAAAUUGUUUGUAAAUGUUAUUCGAACAUCACACAUAAGAUGCAGUGGUUUUUGGAGAAUAUUUGUUGUGCAUUUUGUUGUAAAGAAUUCCCGCCAGUACUAGCUAGCAACUUACUGUGUCUGGUGGGGGGGUUCAUAUAUUUUGUACAGUGCGUGAGUGCAGAGUUGGAUGGUGAGACGUGCAAUUUUGUGUCGUUUCUAUCAGGUACAUUGUUAAAGAUAUAUUGUAAUUGUAUUAUUUUGGUAACUAGCCCAGUAACUAGCCCAUUGCAUGACGUGCAAUUUUGUGUCGUUCCUAUCAGAAUAAAGCUACAUGACUGGUGCUACAUAUUGGAGUUCCGUGUCGAUGACUGAUUGUACACAACGCAAGAAGAGUACUGUUACAUUAGCAUGGGUGCUUGACUGCCGUUGUUGAUCCGUGCGUCUGACUUCACGUGUCCCAGUGUGCGAGCAGAAUUGAGGAACGGACAAUUUGCCAAUGCUCUGAAUUUACGUACGAACACACCCUAUAUUCACCCUCUGAAUUUGGUUUUGCCUAAAUUCUAUUCAUAACAAAUAUGUCCCUCGUUUUUAUAACACGCCUAGUCUGUGUACCAGUCUUUUUUAGCUAACUUUCUAUUCCAUGUCAUUGCCAAAGAGACUGGCCUUUCUGCAAUCUCAACAUUCAAUAAUAUGCAGCUGGAUUUACAGCGGAGUUGCUCAUUUGGUUGUUGGAAAUAACAUUCAUAUUUCCCACGACAUGUGGAGCCUCAAAUAGAAAUAUAACGUCAAAAUCUAAAAUGUUGCUGUUCGCUAUGCAAUAGGCUUUGUGUCUAGAAUUGCAGUAUGUAUUUAGUUUGAGAGUUUAGAUGAGCUAACAAUUUAGCAGACUGGUUACUUCUGGACAAACAAAGAACGAUUGCUUAGCAACCGGAUACCAGCGUGUUCUGUGGGGGUAAAAGCGACAGUUUCAAUAUUUAGAUCAUAUUUGUGAUUGGAGGAUAGCUGUGAGGGUUAU